GUAACUGUCAUUGGUCACUGGUUGAACUUUGAACUGCCUGGUGCAGACUGAGUUUCCUGGAGGAGCGUGUACUCAAAUCUUCAACAUGGUGGACAAGGCAUGGAGGAAGAGUUGGCAGUUCAUCGAGAACAGGAUGUCUCUGCGUGUGAAGAAGCAGUCUUCUCAAACUGUUGAACGUAAGAGUGAUGUGGAGGGAGAUGCGCGGCCCAGUGAGAGUGACGGUGGAGCAAGCUACAGGGGCCCAGUGAUAAGCCCAGACCGCUUCGAGGGCCCCCUCUACGGCCACGGGGUGCAGCCGGGCCCCCAGCGGCCCCCCCGCAGGCCCAAGCUCCAGCACUCGCAGUCCAUCCUCCGCAAGCAGGCCGAGGAGGAGGCCAUCAAACGCUCCCGCUCGCUCUCCGAGGGCUAUGAGCUCUCCGCUGACCUCCAGGACAAACAGGUGGAGAUGCUGGAGCGUAAAUAUGGAGGACGCUUCAUAACCCGGCAUGCGGCCCGCACCAUCCAGACAGCCUUCCGCCAGUACCAGAUGAACAAAAACUUUGAGCGUCUCAGGAGUUCUAUGUCUGAGAACCGCAUGUCCCGACGCAUCGUCCUGUCCAACAUGAGGAUGCAGUUCUCCUUCGAGGGCCCUGAGAAAGUCCACAGCUCCUACUUUGAGGGGAAACAGGUGUCCCUGACAGACGACGGCACCCCCCUGGCCUUGGUACAGUCCGAGUGUGGGGACAUGGAGGUCCACCACCAGGCCAACAUGGCGUCUCACCCUGCCUCCCAGAACGACCUGACGGACGCCAUCACGGAGUUGGAGGACGCCUUCUCCAGGCAGGUGAAGUCUCUGGCCGAAUCCAUUGAUGACGCCUUGAACUGCCGCAGCCUGCAGGGCGACGAGGGUCUUGACCCUGAGGCCAUGGGCUGCCCCGAGGUGGAGAGGGAGGUGGCCUAUCAGGUGAAGCCUCACCGCGGGGUGGCGGGACGCAUGCGAGAGGACAUGAUGGCAUCCUACAGCGAUGUGACUCUGUUUAUCGACGAGGAGGAGCUGUCUCCCUCUCUGGGGCUGUCGCGGGGGUCAGGUGACCAGCCCUCCAGCAUUGAGUCAGACCUACGCCUGCGCUCAGCCAACUCCUCCCAGGAGUACUGGCCCCUGGACGCUAAAGAUGAGGGGCGUGACACAGACACCAGCUGCCGCAGCACCCCUUCCCUGGAGUGCCAGGAGCAGCGGCUCCGGGUGGACCACCUCCCCCUGCUGACCAUCGAGCCGCCCAGCGACAGCUCCGCCGAACACAGUGACCGCUCUGACCGCAGCUCCGUCAAACGGCCGCCCGUCUACGAGCCUCACGGGGGCAGCCACAUCAUGGCGUCCUCCAAGGCUAGCCCCAAACACAUCUCUCAUGGCCCACCCCCGCGGGCGCCCUCCAGGGACGACGAGGCGCCCCUCCGCCACCGCCACCGGGCGCUGGAAAGCCACCUGGCCAUCAACGGCUCUGCCAACCGGCAGAGCAAGUCUGAGUCUGACUUCUCAGACGGGGAUAACGACAGCAUCAAUAGCACGUCUAACUCCAACGACACCAUCAAUUGCAGCUCUGAGUCGUCCAGGGACAGCCUGAGGGAGCAGACACUCUGCAAGCAGACAUACCACAAAGAGACACGCAACAGCUGGGACUCGCCCGUCUUCAGCAACGAUGUGAUCCGCAAGAGGCACUACCGCAUCGGCCUGAACCUCUUCAACAAGAAGCCAGAGAAAGGCGUCCAGUACUUGACUGAGAGAGGGUUCGUCCCGGACACGCCUGUGGGUGUGGCUCACUUCCUGCUUCAGAGGAAGGGCCUGAGCAGGCAGAUGAUUGGAGAGUUCCUGGGCAACCGUCAGAAACAGUUCAACAGAGACGUCCUGGACUGUGUGGUGGACGAGAUGGAUUUCUCGUCAAUGGAGCUGGACGAGGCACUGAGAAAGUUCCAGAACCACAUCCGGGUCCAGGGAGAGGCCCAGAAGGUGGAGCGCCUCAUCGAAGCCUACAGCCAACGCUACUGUAUCUGUAACCCCACGGUAGUGCGACAGUUCCGGAACCCUGACACCAUCUUCAUCCUGGCCUUCGCCAUCAUCCUCCUCAACACAGACAUGUACAGCCCCAACGUCAAGCCAGAGAGGAAGAUGAAGCUGGAGGACUUCGUCAAGAACCUCCGAGGGGUGGAUGAUGGGGAGGACAUCCCCAGGGAGACUCUGGUAGGAAUAUAUGAAAGGAUCAGGAAGAGGGAGCUGAAGACCAACGAGGACCACGUGUCUCAGGUUCAGAAGGUGGAGAAACUCAUAGUGGGGAAGAAACCGAUUGGAUCUCUCCACCAUGGAAUAGGAUGUGUGCUGUCCCUGCCCCAUCGCAGGCUAGUGUGCUACUGUCGGCUGUUUGAAGUGCCAGACCCCAACAAGCUCCAGAAGUUAGGCCUGCACCAGCGGGAGAUCUUCCUGUUUAAUGACCUUCUGGUGGUGACAAAGAUUUUCCAGAAGAAGAAGAACUCUGUGACAUACAGCUUCCGGCAGUCUUUCUCUCUGUAUGGGAUGCAGGUUCUGAUGUUUGAGAACCAGUAUUACGGGAAUGGAAUCAGGCUUACAUCAGCCAUACCAGGUGCCGACAUCAAGGUCCUCAUCAACUUUAAUGCGCCCAACCCCCAGGACCGCAAGAAGUUCACUGACGACCUGCGAGAGUCUAUCGCCGAGGUCCAGGAAAUGGAGAAAUACAGGAUAGAGUCUGAGCUUGAGAAGCAGAAAGGGGUGGUGAGGCCCAGUAUGUCCCAGAGCUCUGGGCUGAAGAAGGAGGCUGGCAAUGGCAACAUGAACCGUGCCAGUCUGGACGACACCUACACCAUGGGCGAGGGCCUGAAGAGGAGCGCCCUCAGCAGCUCCCUCCGCGACCUCUCCGAAGCAGGCAAGCGUGGGCGCCGCAGCAGUGCAGGAUCACUAGACAGCAAUAUGGAAGGGUCCAUCAUUAACAGUCCUCACAUACGCCGGAGAGCCACCACCCCACGCAGCGAGGGCCCGCCCCGGGGCCACCCCACCAUCCCCAACUCCUCCUCCCUCCUCGGGUCGCUCUUUGGCAGCAAACGGGGGAAGCCUUCAUCCCAGAGCCAUCCUCCUCUUCCUCUGCCUGGUCACCCCACCCUCAUCUCCCACACGCCCCAUCCCUCCAACCUCCACCACACAGCCCAGCAGGUAGCCCAGGCCCAGCUCCACCACUCCCAGUACUGCCACGUCCAACAGAACCCCCCUCCCUACCACCACCACCACCAUUACCACCCCCCUCCCCACACACAGUACCACCAGCACCCGGCAGCAUAUGCAUCCUCCUCCCACACACACCAACACACCCACCCCCACCCGCAUGUACCACAGCACAGCCACGCCACCCAUAGCCAGCAUUCCCAUCACGCAUCACACUCCCAGCAUGCCCCUCACCACCACAGUCAGCUGCAGGGCCCGGCACCCAGCGGGCCCAAACCCAAACACAGUGGCAUCAGCACCGUGGUGUGACGUCCCUCACUGAAAGAGAGCGCGAGAGAGAGCGAGAGCAAAAGAGAGAACGAAAGAGAGAGAGAGAGAGAGAGAGCGAGCGAGCGAGAGCUAGAGAGAGAGAAAAGAUUGAAUGAGCAAAAGGAAAGAGUGAGUGAGUGAACUUAAGGGAGGGACAGUCUCUUCCCCCAAAGGGACAGAGGGUAUACUGUCAGUCGAUGGCCUAUCUACUGUGUUCCACUGCUGUGAUGGAGAUGGACCUCUGGCAGUCCCAUGUAUCCGCUCCCCCCUUCAGCUGCUCACCAAUAUGCUGGAUGGAAACCAGACUCAAUUCUUCCACAAAGGGCCUCAGCUCGAACCUUAGUAAGGGCCUCUGUCUCUCUGUCAGGGCUUCAGGGAGGUGUUUUGUACGGGGAAACGCUUUCCCUCCUCCUCCUCACGAACUCACACCAAACCCGGCUGUGACGGCUGAAGAGAACCGUGCGUUCUCUGUAGGCCGCUGUCCACUUCUCCGUUCUUUCAAUAGCCUGUCUUCCCUUCACGUCAUCAGGAGACAAGACCACCUGGGAUAGGCCUGAGAAAACAAGUCUGACUGUUUUCUCUGUCACAAUGGCAUAUCAUAUCGUAUACAGUCUUUUUAAACAAAGCUAGCUUUUAACACUGCUUUCUUGAGGUUUCCAAAACGCUCUUCAUUUUUAAGAAUGCUUUUUGUUCUUGCCUCUCCUAGAAUUCAUGUAGUGUAAAAAAGCGAGGCGUAAUCAUUUCACAAAAACUAGACCAACGGACAGGCUAACAACAGUCUCAAUCGUAGUAGUUCUAGUGUUGUAUUUACUGUAGAUGACAGCUUGACGUGUUGUCUCCUAGCUCUCAUUGAUAAAUGUGCCAAUUACUAACGCAUAAACUAUUUAGUCUAGACUUCAUGUACGGUAUAUUGUGCGUAAAGUACCUUGUAAGAUUAUACUUACAACCAUUAUUAUCAUUAGAAAUAAACUGUAUCAGUAUUAUACUGACUCUAUGGUAACAGGAUAGAUGGGAAGGGGGAGUGGAGCCACAUUGUCAGGCAGGCCAAUAACCUAAUCUGGAACCUUUUGCCUUCCAACCAGAGCAUUGAGAGACUGGAAUGCAGCUGUGGCACAUGGCCCUCCUAAUGCUGGGCUGUCAUGUAUAAAACCUCAGAGUGAACAGAUAUGGGUGUCUACUGACCAUAUGUUGUUCCUAUGCCGGGUGGACGGGUCUCACUUGGCUCGGUGUAGUACUCCUUUAUGAAGUACUGAAGUGUAGUACUGUGAGUAAGGACAUGUAGUAAGAUGGCAGUGGGGAAGUGUCACAGAUCUUGUGUUGAGCUCAUGGCCUUCGUUUGGUUGUAUGCUGGCUAAGCUCACAGCUUUCCUGACCUCUCAGACACUUUAUGUUAUAGAAGUUGAGGCUCACGUCGCUUUACUGAUGGACCCGCAGUAAAGCUGACAACGUCUCAUGCCUUUGAUAUAUGAAGCAGCUGCAUUCUUGACUCUUCAAAUCAAAAUACGAUAAUCCUUUUUUUUUUUUUUGUCAUCAUUAAACUAUAUCUUUGUUUUCACCACAAAACCUGAGUAGGUGAGUGACUAGAAUUUAGUUUUUUGUUUGUCAUCUUAGUUUUUUUUAUCAUUAUGUACAGUAUGUGCAAUAUCUUCGUACUGGUUUUGUACAUUCAAGACAAAAAAAGUGUCCCCUCUGUUUGUUUUGUGUGUUUUCAUGUUGCGUCGUUAUUUAUUUAGUUCGGACCCCUGUCGUUCUCUCUCAGUGGCUUAACGCGUGGCUGUUCUCGUGGUUCUCUGAGAAACACAGUCCUGGAGUUUUCGAAUUCAGUGGAAUUCAGUGGAAUGUCGAAGUGAUUUUGCAUGUAAUGUUAUUCAUGUGAGGCUACCCUCAGCACAUUGUAUAACAAAUCAGUGUUACCAUAGUCGAUUGAAGUGCAAUCACAUAAAAAAACAUGCAGACUUGUAGGCCCUUUACAGGUUCAAGUCUGUUAUCAUGUCGUCCUGGAAGAGAUUCAGGUGAAUUCUUUUUUUUUUUUUUUUUUUCAGAUGAUAUACUUAUUUAGACAGUUGACGGCAGUGCUUGACUCGGACUGAAAUAGGUUCCGGUACUCAUUUUGGGUACCAGUACUGUUUAUAUUUAGGUGCUGGAGCUCCUCGAUACUUAUGAGCUUAAGAUUCUAUAAGAGGAACAGAACCUCGAGCAGUAGUUUGAAGUGCCGGUACUCUGCUCCGGUGUCCCAAGUCAAGCACUGGUUGACGGUGAAAAGAAAGAGGAAUGUGUGUAUAUAUUUUAAUAAAGGAAUAUGCUUCCCUCUGGGCAGAACAUAAAUAUUUUGCUGGAUAAGCACA